UCUCAUUAAAAUAUAGUUGGAAAGAAUCUCUCUCCUAACCCCUAUCUCUCCCUGCCCCAUCCAACUGUCCUCUCUCUCUCUCUCUCUCUCACUGUCUCUCUCUCUCUCUCUCUUUCUUUCUGUGCCAGUUUGUAACAUAAAACUGAGUGUGCUUUGUGUACAGAAAUAUUAUAAAAUUUUGUUUCGUGGGUUGCUUCUUGUUGUGUUCUGUACCUCAUGUCUGGAGAAACGGUUCUAUCAUACAUGGAAAUCCCGAAGCUCUGCAUAUUUCAGAGCUUAAGUUCUCAGAAAGCGAUUGCUUUAGUUGUUGUUAUGUAUCUUUUCACCAAACCCAGUUCUGGGUUUUUCCAUAGACUACUACCUUCUCAUUACUUUGCUCUCACUAUUUGUGGGUCUUAUCUAAUCUAACCUCCCUUUUGUGCUUGCUUUAAGUUAUUAACUCCUAGUCCAAUAAUUUAAUCAAAGGUUGUCCUUUAUUUAUUUUAAUUAUUAUUAUUAUUUUUAAUUCAUCUUCCUUAUUGAGAGGGCUGGACACUUUUUGAGAUUUGGUGUUUUAUGGGAUGGGGGAGAAGUUGAUGCCAAUGAUACUUCAGCUGCUGAAUCUCUGCUUGAUUAGCUUUUCUCUGGCUGUCCAAGGAUCCACUGGAUUUGACAUAUCUCCUUCGCCGGUGAUUUCUUCUGUAAUUCCUCCCAAUCCCGUACCUGGAGUUGCUAGGCCUGUCCAUCAUCAUUCACCUAGCUCAGUCCCACAGCCCAUUGGGUCAGUUUCACACCCUGCACUUGCAUUGCCACCUAUUUUGUCUGCCCCGGCAUCUGAAACAAUCAAAGGACCUGUACCGUCCUCGCCACCAAGUACUCCAAGAGUUUUUCCACCAUUUAAUAGAGCUCCUCUACCAAUAACUGUUCAAGGUCUCUCACCCUCCCUGCCACCUGCCGCUUCUCAAAGAAACACAUCAGUUACAAAGGCUCCUAUCCCAAUGCCAGUUGCUCCAGUACCAGUUGCAACACCUUCAGGAAAUUUGCCACAGGUUUCACCAGCCAUCCAUUCAAUUACCCCAGAGACCUCACCGUCAAGUGCUCAUCAGAGAAACUCUCCUGAUAAUAAGGUUCCUAUUGCAGAGCCCAUUACUCCAGUAUCUGUUGCACCACCUCCAAGGAAACUUAGACAACAUCCACCUGAAGUGCAUGAAAUUACCCCACUAAUGGCACCAUCCACAUUACCUGGACGAGUUGCAUCACCACCAAAGGAAGUGCCACAAAGUUCACCACAGAUCCAUUCGGCUACCCCUGGACAAGCACCAUCUAGAUUGCCUGACCAUGACGUCCCUUCUGUUUCAGCGCCUCCCCCAAGCAUCAACUGGAAAAGGGAUAAAAUGCCGGUCGCUGCACCAUCAUAUAAAACCCCACACCUAUCACCUUUGAGCCAUACCCCAGCCAGUGGUCCUACUUCUGCUCUAGCUCCUUCUAAACAUGGACCUGUGAGACCUUCUAAUAUUCCUCGUCCACCAUUAUUCUUGUCUCCCGAGUCUCCUAACAAAGGAUAUCAUCCUCCUGUAUCUUCACCUUCAACGUCAAUUCAUAUACAUCAACAUACAAGGAACAAGUCCAGCAGUCCUGCUCCGGCAUCAUAUUUUGUUUCUCCUCCAACUUCAACACAACAAGGUCCUAACAUCUCGUCUGGAUCACGUGGAACGAGUAGACAUAUACAUGCUCCUCCACCCUUGAAUCCAGGUUCCUCACCUUCACCAUUGGAUAACCCCUCUCCCCCACCAUUAAGCUUUGUUUCACCUGCUCCUUACCCAUCCCCAGACGCUGCAUCUAGAAACACCAGAAGUUCUUCAGCUCCACGAUCUGAUAAUCCCUUUCCUGCACCAUUAAGCCAUGUUGCACCUGCUCCUUCUCCGUCUCAAAGAGCUGCAUUGCGCAAUACCAAAAUUUCUCCUCCUCAGUCUUCGCCAAAAAGUGCAAAUGUCUCACCACUGCCACCGCUUGCAUUACCACCUCCACCUCCUAAUGAAGAUUGUUCUGCAACCAUUUGCACAGAUCCAUACACAAAUACCCCUCCUGGAUCACCCUGUGGUUGUGUUAUGCCCAUCCAGGUUGGAUUGCGCGUUAAUGUUGCACUGUAUACCUUUUUUCCAUUAGUCUCAGAGCUGGCGAAGGAAAUUGCUGCUGGUGUUUUUGUAAAACAAAGUCAGGUUCGCAUUAUUGGAGCUAAUGCGGCUGAUGAGCAACCAGAGAAGACAGUAGUCCUUAUUGAUUUGGUACCACUUGGGGAGAAGUUUGAUAACACCACAGCUCUUUUGACUUAUCAGAGAUUUUGGCAUAAGCAAGUUGCUAUACAACCAUCCUACUUUGGUGACUAUGAAGUACUAUAUGUGCGGUAUCCAGGUUUACCUGAACCUCCACCUUCUUCUGAUGCUAGUAUGAUAGAUGAUGGGCCAUAUUCUGGUACUGACAGUAAUGGAAGGACAAUAAAGCCCCUUGGGGUAGAUGUCCCUAAAAGGCAGCAUAAAGAUGGGCUUAGUACUGGCAUAAUUGUUAUAAUUAUUUUGUCAGCCUCUCUAGCAGUCAUUUUAUUCUCUGCUGCUGCUUGGUUUUUUCUGUUGAAACAUAAAGACCGAGUUUGCAAGCCAGCACCAACUUCGCAGGUUUCACUACCCUCCUUUACCAAACCAUCAGGAACCGCUGGAUCUAUGCUAGCAAGUAGGCACAGUUCUGCUUCAUUAUCAUUUGGGUCUAGCAUUGCAACUUAUACUGGUUCUGCUAAGACUUUCAGCAUAAAUGACAUAGAACGAGCUACUGAACUUUUUGAUGCUUCAAGAGUACUUGGGGAAGGUGGCUUUGGGCGUGUUUACAGUGGUGUUCUUGAAGAUGGGACCAAAGUUGCUGUCAAAGUUUUAAAGAGAGAUGACCAGCAGGGUGGUCGUGAAUUCUUGGCUGAAGUUGAGAUGCUUAGCCGCCUCCAUCAUCGAAAUUUAGUCAAAUUGAUUGGCAUUUGUACAGAGGAGCGCUCCCGCUGUUUAGUUUAUGAGCUGAUUCCAAAUGGCAGUGUGGAAUCUCAUUUACAUGGAGUCGACAAGGAAACUGCUCCACUUAAUUGGGUUUCUCGGAUAAAAAUAGCACUGGGUGCUGCUCGGGGCUUGGCAUAUCUACAUGAGGACUCUAGUCCUCGUGUCAUACACAGGGAUUUCAAGUCCAGCAAUAUCUUACUGGAAGAUGAUUUUACACCAAAAGUUUCUGACUUUGGUUUGGCUCGAACAGCCAUGGAUGAGGAAAACAGACAUAUAUCAACACGUGUCAUGGGAACCUUUGGGUAUGUGGCUCCUGAAUAUGCAAUGACUGGGCAUCUUCUUGUGAAAAGCGAUGUUUACAGCUAUGGAGUUGUCCUUCUUGAACUUUUAACAGGGCGAAAGCCAGUAGAUAUGUCGCAGCCACCUGGUCAAGAGAACCUAGUUGCAUGGGCCAGACCACUUCUCACAAGUAAAGAAGGUUUGGAAACAAUUGUAGACCCAUCUUUAGGAUCGGAUGCCCCUUUUGAAAGUGUGGCCAAAGUAGCAGCCAUUGCUUCAAUGUGUGUGCAACCAGAGGUAUCGCACCGGCCUUUUAUGGGGGAGGUUGUCCAGGCACUAAAGCUGGUAUGCAAUGAGUUUGAGAAAGAAAGUUCAAGGAGCACAAGCCAAGAGGAAUUGUCCAUUGAUUUAGGUGGCGAGGCCAGUACUGCCUCUGGACAGUUGCCAAACAUUCUGCAAAGCCAAUACUCAGUUCCUCACUGCUAUGAGCCUGAGCUCGAUACUGAAAGGGGAAUGUUAGCUUCAGAUUUGUAUAUUGCAUCGGGCGGAUUAGAGAGGGGACAAUCUGAAUCAUUUAGGAGGCACUCUAGUUCUGGUCCUUUAGCAAGUGGAAGUGGAAGGGGCAGGCAGUUCUGGCAGAGAGUGAGGUCUUUAUCUGGGGGAGGUGUUGGUGAACAUGGGCUAAUGUUUAAGUUUUGGCCAGGCUCCCAAUGAAAGUCAGUUGGAUUUUCUUGUUUCAGUUUCUGCAUUCAUAUUCCUUAAGCACAAGCAGGCAUUUGGGUUUGGUCUUUUAUUCACAGAUAAAAAAGUAUUGAGGCUUGCUGAGGCACAACAAAGAAGAACUACUUUGUGAAUGGAUGCUAAAAGAGAGUAACUAACAUUUGUUGGUGAAGAUGGAUGGAUAUGGAUGAUGUAAAUUCCAAUUUUGGACCGGCCUUAAAAAAUAAUAAAAUGUCAAAAAUGGUAAAAGAGGAGCUAUCUCUGUCUAUGAUCUUGGAGUUUGCAAAAAUUCUCAAUAAUAUUAGACCGAGGCUGCUGUGCUGCUAAGAAGGACUCCUCUUGAAAUUGUAAAUCCAAUGGAAACCCAUACCAUAUUCAGUUCAUAAAUGUAUACCAACACUUUUUGUACAUUGAAAUUCAUCUCUCCCCUUUCUUUACUUGCACUUCGAAGGCGUGCUCCUCUACUUUUAUUACUACUAAUAAUAAUAAUGCUCUUCACCUCUGA